AUGGGAAAUAUAACCACACCAGGAUGUAUUAAGUGCUGCAAGAAAACACCACCUGAUCCUAAAGUAAGUGAUUUAAAAAAAUACACCAAGAAUUGCAGGCUUUUUUUUUUUACAUUGUAUUUUAUAUCUUGCUUAUUCCAUACUCAUAUUACACGUGAAAAAUAUUUUACAUUCAAAAAAAUUAAAAAAAUAGUUUUUCUCUCUAUUCAAACAUCAAAAUAUGUUGAUCUGAAAAUAUUACCUAUUUCUUUUCAUGCAAAUUAAUUUAUUGAUUAAUAAAUAAUGCUUACUUUUUUGAUUAAAUGGAACACUCUAACUAUUAUAACUCAUCAUAGCGGUAAUGAUCCAAAAACUCUUUGGGUGCCAUUUUAAAGUUUAAGUAUGUUAAAGUAAAUCUGUUUUGCAAUUUUUAACUCUCCAGAUACAUAUAAUACAUCAUAUAUAACAAAGACACAUGAUGUAUUCAAUGUGACAUUUCGAGAUAUACUCACCAAAACCUUGAUCCAGAUCUCCUCAUCUUCAUGGCUGUUAUGCCUCUUGUGGUCUACCUCUUCAAUGAUUUUCCCUGCUUGCAGAUAGCAUGCCCCCAAGCAGGAACAAAUUUCUGAAAUGAGCGACGUCAGUCCCUCUGUUCCUAUAUUCCAUAGAUAGCGCUAUCAGAAUAGGCUAAAGUGUUCUAUAGCAACCACAGUGCAUGCACUUUGGUAGCUAUGCUUGGGAGGGAAGAAGGUCCUGCUCUGGGAGGUAUUUCUGUUUUCCGUUGUUAAUCAAAACAUCAGCUUAGAGUCGAUGCCAAAAAUUUGACUGAGAAGUGGGAAAAAGAUCUAUUAUUAAAUAGUUUUUUUUCUCCUAAUACAUACAUUUGCUAGCAAGACGUAUGCUCUUUAAAUUGUGCAUAAGUUGUCGGUACCAUGACAGGUAUCCUCUAAGGUUUAAUAUGGGAUGUCCAUAGCUUUGCAGUCUUCAAAUAUUCUCCAAUCGUUACAUUUCCACAGUCACACUUUUGAAACCGGUUGCACUUUUAAGAGACAAGAAUUCAAAUGAUGGCAAUGAGUUCCUGGAUUGGUACAUUUUCUAAACGAGGCAGGAUGGGGUAAAUCUGGGUAAUUCAGGUUCUUGGUUAUAUAAAGACUCCUGCCAUGAUAAUGAGUAUUGAGGAUAAUGGAGCAAUGUCAUAUAAGUUUUGCAUAAAAAUUUUUUUGUUACUGUCCAUAAUAUCUUCUGAUACUAGCAUGAGACAGUGUCUGUGCCAAAGAUUGCAUCUCUGAUAUAUUGUUUGCAUGCCCAGUGGGCCUUAAAAGAAAAGUAGAGUCAGUUAGCUCACAGACAUUAUCGAUGGAUACUACCUAAAACAAAGUAGGAAAAUAGGCUACAGACUAGAUGACAGAGAAGGAGUAACAGUGGAAGAGAAUUAGAAAAUGGAUAAGAAGUAUGGAAGGGAAGAUAUGAAGGGACACAAUGUUACAUGGUGAGACAAGCCCAACUGUUAUACAAUAUGUAGUGAUGUGUGUAUGUUGUUUCUUUUUAUUAAUUUUGUAUUUACCUUCAUAUUGGCUUAAUUAGCACCUGGAAAACGUUCAUAGCAUCUUUUCAUGUUUAAUAACUUUAAUAUAAAGAAUAAUUUCCAUUUAAAUUACAUCUUUCAAAGUAAGAUUCAUUUAAAUUAAUUUAGCAUACAUUGUAUUUUCAGGAUGACGAAGUUAAGGAAAAUGACAAUAAGGAAGAAAAUCCAGAACGAGAAAUGUGGAAUAGUAAGGCAGAUUACCUGCUCUCAAUGGUUGGAUAUGCAGUGGGACUGGGGAACGUCUGGAGAUUUCCGUACCUUGCAUUCAAACAUGGAGGAGGUGAUUAUCAGUUAAUGAGUAUUGCAACUGGGAGCCUGAGCCAGUCAAUGAUGCUACUGCAGAGCAUCAUGCCAAAUGCCAUGUUAACAUUUGCAUCGUGAAAGAUGAAUCAUUACUGGCCUAGUGAACAACACACAGCAGAAUACUGAGCAACUAUAUAUGAAAAUAUAAAUUUGUAAAAGAAGAUUAUGCUGAUUGUGCAGAUUGAAACACUGCACAAACAGAGAUAUUAACCAAAGAAAAAAAGUUACCUGCGCUCUUUCCACAUCCCUAUGUAUUUUUAAACAAAUUGAGGUUUUUAGUUACCUCCAAUGGCCAUGAGAGGGUAUGCCCACCUGCCACGUCAAGGCAGACCUCUUAGGUGGAUAGCAGAGAUAUUAGUACCUUUGUCCUGGGGGCUAGAUACACCCCUUGGACAUGUGAGUCAGGCAGAAUGGAACUCUGUUCUGGGCUGCCUAAUGUUAAUUCUGUGCAAAAACUAAGUCUGUCAUUAGCGCACACUGCACAAUGGCAACAGAUAUUAUCAGCGUCUACUCUUGCAGGCUGUGCUUGAAGCGUGACUGCAAGGGGAUGGAUAGAUCUUCCCUCCUUUGGUAAGCUCCCUCCCCUCUCCCUCCAUUGACAGUUGUCUUUCUUGCUCAUCCCCUGCUGUCUCCUUCCUUAUCCUAUCUGGACCAGAUCAAGCGCAUGAUCUCUAAGCCAGUGAGAGUGGUCCAAUGAAAUGCUUCUCUAUGACAAGCAUUUUAUAGGAUCACUGAGAGGGAAGCAGUGAUGUCUGGUGGGACUUGGAAACCAGCGAGGAGAGCUUCACCAGGAGAUGAUUCCCAUUAAGUCAAUGCUUUUUUAGACUUGUAAGGGGGCAACCUACGUAGUAAUGCUAGGGCAUUCUAAAUUAAAAUACAAAGUUAUUUAUAAAGGGUUAGAGUAAACCUUUAGGUAACUUUUAAUUCUACUUUUCCAACUGUACAUCUCAGAUGCUCAACCAGCCCUAAAAAGGGGCACAGCUCCCCUGUCCAUUUGAUCAGCGAUGUGUUGCAUGGUGUUUAUAUAAGGCUAUGUUCUUGACUCAUCAAGCAGCAACACUAACUUCUGGAGCAUUAGUUUUGACUUAGUAACUCUGGAAAUAUUAGAACCUGUUUCAAAUAAUUUUUGGACUUUUCCUUCUACUUUGAUGUUACAUCUUCAGUAAAAGGUGCAACUCAUAUGUUUUAAAACUGUUGUUCUUGGUUUGUCUUCUGAUUAAAGUUCUUCUGUAAAGUAAUUUCCCCAAUAUUGUUCAUCUGGAACAUCUCUCUUUUCCCAUCCCUGUGAUCUGUUCAUUGCAAUUGCUGUUUAAAGCUCUUAAAGAAUGUUAAAGGGAAACUAUAGGCAUCAAAGCAACUUUAGCUUAAAAGACCACUAUAGUGCCAGGAAAACAAACUUGUUUUCCUGGCACUAUAGUGUUAAUAGGUCCCCCCACCCUCAUGGCACCCUCCCGCCGGGCUCUAGGGGGAGGAAGGGGUUAAAGGCUUACCUUUCUCCAGCGCCAGGCUCCCUCGGCGCUGGGGACUCUCCUCCCUCUUCCACCGAAUGCGCAUGCACGGCAAGAGCUGCACGCGCAUUCAGUCAGUCCAUAGGAAAGCAUUCUCAAUGCUUUGCUAUGGACCCUGGCGUAUUCUCACUGUGAAAAUCACAGUGAGAAGCACGCAAGCGCCUCUAGUGGCUGUCAAUGAGACAGCCACUAGAGGCUGGAUUAACCCUAUUGUAAACAUAGGAGUUUCUCUGAACCUAGAUGGACCUGGCACCCAGACCACGUCAUUGAGUUGAAGUGCUUUGGGUGCCUAUAGUGGUCCUUUAAUGUAGCAGUUUUGGUGUGUAAACCAUGCCAUUUAGGAGUCAAAUCACUUAUGUUACUGUUUGUGCAGCCCUAGUCACACACAGCCAGCUAGAAAAACAUGGUUUUAUUUUCAAUCAGAUGACAACUUGCUUUAGAAGUUUUUAUCUCCUGCUCUGUACAUUGAACUUUACUCACACAGGAUGCUCCUGUAGGCUCCAGAAUGCUAUUAACAAAGCAGUAGAUACAAAAUUCAAUAUUAAUCAGAAUAUGUACAAUAUUUAGGUUUCUUUUCAGGAAGUGUUUAGGAAGGCUGUGAAAGUCACGGCAGGGAGGUGAGACUAUGGCUACAUAAACAAAGUGAUUGAACUCCUACAUAGAAUUGAGCAGUGAGACUGCAGGGGAGUCCUUUAGAUUAAUUCAGAAUGUGAAAAUAUUAACAUAUUAAUCAUUAACAUUAUAGAUUAAAAAGUCCUUUAUUUAUAGAGUUGUUAUUUCUUUAGUACUGGGCUAGGAUUGUAUGGAAAAUGUCACUGUUAUCAUAGUAGUCUCCUGAAUAAGGAAAUUAUAAAUAAUUGUUUAAGGCAGGAUUGUUAUUUAGAUCAAGUAAUAACCAUAGAAAUUGAAUCAAAUAAUUGUAUUCCUUUUUUUUUUUGCAGGUGCAUUUCUUAUCCCCUAUAUUAUUAUGCUGGCUCUGGCUGGCUUACCCCUUUGUUUUCUAGAAUGUUCACUGGGACAGUUUGCUAGCCUUGGCCCAGUCGCAUUAUGGAGGAUGGCGCCUCUAUUUCAAGGUAAGUUUUUUAAAGAUAAGAUGAAGAAUGCUGUCAUUGUCAUGUACUCUAGGAAUAGACAAGCCACCACCAGUUCCAUCUGAAGAUGACGCACACCUAGUGAUGUCACUAGAUCAAGUAUGGGCACGGACUACCAACUCUUCAGAUGUGUUUUAUACAAUGGGUUUAUGGUGUGUUAGUAAAAUCUAGGAUGAUCGAAUUGAGAACCGUUUCUUAGCAUUGACCAUUCAUAUUGUGUCCUCCUCUAACUAAAACCUUCCACCAAGCCCUCUAGCACAAACGUGUCAAAUGACAGUAUCACCAAGCAUUAGUCUCAGCUAGCAUAAAGAAACCCAUGUAUCCUACAAGUCCUUUUUCAAGAAAGGUAGUAUUUCUUUAAGACCUCAUUAAACCUACCCUUUUUUUAUCCUGUAUCCUACAUGUGCUAGGAUCUCAGAAUGUUUGUUAUAUUAUUAUCAUUAUUAUUAUUUAUACACUGAUCAGCUACAACAUUAAAAGCACGAACAGGUGAAGUGAAUAACAUUGAUUAUAUUUUUUUGCAAUAGCACCUGUCCCAGGAUGUGGCAUGGAGGGAGGGAGGUGUGAUAUAUUGUGCCGCAAGUGAACAGUCAGUACUUGAAAAGUGUUUGAAGCAGGAAAAUGGGACCAGCAAAAAAGGUCAACAUAAAAGUGACAACUAAUUCUCCAUAUCCGGGAAACCUACAAUUAUUUUCCUUUUUAAGAGCGUAUCAUAGAAUCCCACAGGAAUAAAAUGUAUACUGAUACACAUUGUAAAUACGAUUCCACUGAGUUUGACAGAAAUAACAUCCAGAAUAACAUGCUAUUUAGUAAAUAAGACUCUUCCUUGACAUAUGAUACUAACAUUGUCUGUACAAGGAAAUAGCUUCCUAAACCCAAAGCACACCGGAUAAACUUGAUCCAGACAGGCAUUUUGGCUGUAUUCACCAGACAUACAAAAUUGGUAUUACAGGGCAUUAUGUCAAUUAAGAUUAUUAGGAUCAGGGUGUUACACCUUUUUUACGCAGAUCAUGAUAAUGGUACAUAUUAGUCACAUUAUAAUUUUUGGUUGUAGUUAGCAGAUUUAUUUUUUAUUUUUACUCAUAUAUAACAUUGCAGUGCAUACUGCAAAUUCAUAAACUGAUUUUUUUUUUUUAUGUUUACAUAUAGAAAAUGAAUCAAUGGAACUAAUUAAUGCCUGUUUUAUUUUUUAAUACAUGUAAAGAUAAGGGAAUAAACAAUGCAAAAAGAUGAAGUAAACAAAACGCAGAAUAAAAAAAAGAUACACACCUUUAAAGUUUCCCUUAAUGCUCUGUGUUGCAUGCCAACCUUACCUCAUCAGGACAGGAGAAAACUUUGAAGGAUCAGAUUUGUUGGAGCUCUCUCUUGGAGAGAGAUUGAGACUUGGCUUUCUUUAUUGAUCUAAAACGCAAAUAAGAAACAAAUGACGUUAUAAUUGUUAUUGCAAUUUUUUUUAUUCCCAGAGUCAAUCUUGAGAAUUACAAGUGAUUUUUUUUUUUUUUUAGAAACUGUAUCGGAUAUAAAAUCGAGCUAUAUAAAUGUGCACAAAUCAUUACUGAUUAUCAUUAGAAACAAGUUUGAAUUCAUAUAUUCCUAUCUGUGGCUUAGCUUAAAAGCCACACCCAGAAUAAUACAAUUAUGGAUCAUUUGAUGCAAUUAACCCUUUACAGUCCACUUCACAUUUUCAAUGUACAAUACAAACUAAUUUAAAAAACCCAAACUAUUGUAAAGUACUUGAACAAAAGAUACAACACUGGGUUGAUACUGGGAGAUUUCUCUCAAUCUGUCGUCGAGAGAUUAGUAAAUGUUAUUACCUCAUCACAGAUCUAUCUGCGUGGAAAAGGCUGUAUGAUUUGGAAGAGCCCUUUAAAAGAAAACUGUCCGCAUGUUUUUAAUAUUACUGAAAAUAAUAUUGUGUACUAUUUUUUAAGGAAUAUAUGUAAUAUAAUAGCUCUUUCAUUGCAUUACCUCACUCGCCCUUGCUAUUUGGAGGCUAUCUAUCUUAGCACAGCUUAUUUGCUAAGACCAUGAACAAUUUCAAGGCAUAAACCUUUCAGAGUACAUUUCUGAGAUGUUCUAUACAUGCUUAUUAUUUGUAGAUCGAAAAUGCACAGUAGUUCUUCAUUAUCUGCAUGGUGUUUGAUCAGAUAAGCUGUGCUUCUGAACUAAGAGGCUUUAAGAUGGCUGCCUCCAUAGAGCAUGGGUAAGAUGGGAGAUGCACUGCAAAUAUGUAUUUACCUAUGUAUAUAUUGUAUAAUAAUACACACAGAAGUUAUAAAAGAUGUAACAAUUUUUAUUUUAAAUAUAAAAUAAUUAAAAUUUUCCUUUAACACUUGCCACUACAGCCCUUUAAUGCUUAUGAUUUUGAUAGACAUGAUUUGUUUUCAUUUUUUCAAAGACAGACAAUGGACUGUUCAGUUUAAAAUAUGUAAUUUAUAAAAGAACACAGUAGUUUUGGGUGAAGGUGGCAUUUAUGUUUUGGGAUAUAUAUAUAUACAGUAUAUAUAUUUAUUUAUUUAUUUAUUUUCCAUUUUUAUUUUAUUGCUAUAUAUUGAACAUUUUUACAAAUUACCACUUCAACAUGUGUUAAAGAUAUUUAAACAUAAAUAUAAAGUGUCAAGAAUUCCAAGGGGAUUUUCAAUCGUAGGCCAAAAUAACCAAACUGGGAAAAUAUAUAUGCAAUUUUGGCCUAAAUUUUUAAAUUCUCUUUAGAUUCCUGGCAUUUCACAUUUUAGUGAAUAGCAAUUUAUAGAUUUGCAUUGCAUCUCCUAAUAAUAUUACUAAAUAAUUUUAUUGACAGCGUUAUCUAUUACCUAACCAAUAAGAUAUGGCAGCCUCUGUUUAAUGAGAAAUGUAACUCUCUGCUUGUUUUUGAUUCUAGGUGUUGGUGUCACAAUGGUGUGUGUUUCGACAUUUGUUGCAAUAUAUUAUAAUGUUAUCAUUGCUUACAGUUUAUUUUAUUUAUUUGCCUCAUUCCGAAGUUAUCUACCAUGGUCUCAAUGCUUUCCGGAGUUUGCAGAUGAGUACUGUAUUAACAGCACGUCAGGUAACUUUUUUUGCUAUUAAUACAAUAUUAAUUAUUUCUGAAUUAUUAUAAAAUCACACCACCGCAUUUUUUUCUGGAGUUUUAUGAGUAUUCUGACAUAUAUCACUUUAUGGGAUAUUGCAAAUAUUAGGCCUCAUAAACUUAGCUGCAAAAAUUGCUUGGAGAGUUGGUUGGAGACUGUUUCUAAUUCAAGUAUUUUUGCAUAAAGGUUACAAUUCUCUUGUCAGUUCUGCAUAAUUUAUAGUUUGGUAAAUAAAACAAAAUGUAAUGUGUUCUAUAACUGCAACAAAUUAGUUUUUCAAGUAAUUUCUGUAAACCUAAACUAGAUUGCUCUCAAGAAUUUAGAACAUUGAAAAAAUAGCUGUCAUGAGGCCACUAAAAUAUUGUCAGUGUCCACAAACCUAAAAAAAUAACCAAGAAUAACCAAGUUAGGAAUUAAUAUUACAAUGUUAUGUAGGCAAUUUUACAAAAAUGGACACUUGUUUAAUAAGUAUAAAACAUUUUAGUAAUCAUUUUAAACAACGUUUGCCUUAUUUAGUAAAACAUUCAAUGGGAAAGUCGGGCCCUGUCCUUCUCUCCCAGAUUUGCUCUUUAGUGUUCCAUACCUAGGGACAUGAGAGACCAAGUCCCUAAAUGACAUGGUAUGAGUGUGUCAUCAGUUAAUCUUGCAUUGUGCAAACCGCACUGAGGGCACUGAGCCUAUGGGAAGUACCAAUUCUCUGCGCAUGUGCUGUCCUAAGUGGUGCUGGCUAGUGUUGUGGCCAAUCACACAGGCGUGCAUUUACGCCAAAAUGAAAUGCUCCUUUUUUUCAGCAGACGUGUCCUAUUUUUUAGAAGGCCUGAAUGGUUGGGAUAUCAUCGAAGUGCAAGCUACUUGAGCUAUUAUCAGUUCUCAAAAUACGAUCUCAUCCUGUUUUUUGCUCUCUCCAAAUGUAAGGAGUUAUGAAGACAUAGACACCUUGCUCACAGUGCCUAGAGGUGUAUCGGCUAUACCUCAAUGACAAGGGCAAGCAAAACCGAAACAAUUUUCUGGGAUUGCUGUAUCUCUUGUGCAGGGAGAGAUGGCAUGCAUUUCAGAUCUAGACUGCCUUUUUGAGAGGGAUCACUAUUUAAAAAUGCAGUUCUUCCCCUUCCUAUUGAAUAAAUCCUCAACAUUAAACCACAGAGAGUCUAAUUCCAUAAAUUGGCAUGUUUUCUUGCUUCCUGUCACUGUGUUACUCCCCCGGGAGACUUGCAGUGAACCCAGUGGGCUGGUGUCAGGACGGGGGGAUUGCCAUGCUUAAGUAAGUGAACCCCAUAUACAAUCACACUCCGCCAGCCACACGCAUACACACAAUCACACUCCACCAACUCCACACAUACAGUAUCUCACAAAAGUGAGUACACCCCUCAUGUGACAACACUGAAGAAACAACAAUCUAAAGUUGUAAGUAUACAGCCAGUAUAACAGUAUAAAUUUACUGUCCCCUCAAAAUGACUCAACACACAUUCAUUAACGUCUAAACCGUUGGCAACAAAAGUAAGUACACCACUAAGUGGAAAUGUACAAAUUGGGCCCAAAGUAUCAAUAUUUUGUGUGGCCACCACUAUUUACCCUCAUGGGCAUGGAGUUCACCAGAGCUUCACAGGUUGCCACUGGAGUCCACUUCCACUCCUCCAUGAUGACAUCAUGGAGCUGGUGGAUGUUAGAGACCUUGCGCUUCCCCUCCUUCUGUUUGAGGAUGCCACACAGAUGCUCAAUAGGGUUUAGGUCUGGAGACAUGCUUGGCCAGUUCAUUACCUUUACCUUCAGCUUCCAGUAAUCCAUGCCCUUAGUCUGCUUGUCUUCAGCAAACUGUUUGGCUUUCUUGUGCAUCAUCUUUAGAAGAGGCUUCCUUCUGGGAUCACCGCCAUGCAGACCAAUUUGAUGCAGUGUGCGGCAUAUUGUCUGAGCACUGACAGGCUGAUCCUCUGCCCCUUCAAUCUCUGCAGCAAUGCUGGCAGCACUCAUACGUCUAUUUCCCAAAGAAAGCCUCUGGAUAUGACACUAAAAACGUGCACUCAACUUCUUUGGUCGACCAUGGCGAGGUCUGUUCGAAAUGGAAGCUGUCCUGUGAAACCGCUGUAUGGUCUUGCCCAUCAUGCUGCAGCUCAGUUUCAGGGUCUUGGUAAUCUUCUUAUAGCAUAAGCCAUCUUUAUGUAGAGCAACAAUUAUUUUUUUCAGACCUCAGAGAGUUAUUUGCCAUGAGGUGCCAUGUUGAACUUCCAGUGACCAGUAUGAGAGAGUAUGAGAGAGUGUGAGAGCCCGAUCGGUGCGACCACACUGACAGGUUUAGGACCUUACCUGUUCAGCAGCAAGCCGGGAGCCUUCACACAUGGGAUCCAAAAUGGUGCCGACAAGGUCUCGGCCAUUUGUAGCUCCGCCUCCAAAGGUCACGCGAACGUGCGUGUGACGUCACAACAUCAAUGCACAUGCACGUUCAGGGGUCAGUGGCCAAGCCCUGACCAAUCACAGCCCAAGGAGGGAUAUUUAAAACCCUGAAUUUCCCUAGUUCAUUGCCCUAUCGUGGUUUUCGUUCCUGGUUCCCGAGAGUGCGUUUUCUUGUCCUUGUUAUUGAUAUUCCCGGUAUUCUGGCUUUGGCUAUUCCUGACUAUUCUGAUCUCUGGUUUCCCUGACUUGGCUUUCUUAUCGAUCUAGUGUAUUUCUGGCUUUCCCUUGACCAUUCUUUGUCUUUCAAUGUAUUAAGCCGGCAAUUCUAAGGACCGGUUUACAUUCUGUCUAUUUUUGUAUUCUAUGUAGAUGUUGCAUAGUUUUGCGUGUUGGAUCACAUUAGUAAUCGUGACAGCGAUAACACCAAAUUUAACACACCUGCUCCCCAUUCACACCUGAGACCUUAUAACACUAAAGAGUCACAUGACACCAGGCAGGGAAAAUGGCUAAUUGGGCCCAAAUUGGACAUUCUCACUUAGGGGUAUACUCACUUUUGUUGCCAACAGUUUAGACAAUAAUGUGUGCUCCCCCAGCCCGAUGAGGUUCGAUACGAACAGGGUUAUUUGUUUGUGCCACUAGCCCCCUAUACAGGAGGUUUAGCUGUGGCAUAUUCCAUGGAAGUUCGAACUCGGGAGCUGAGUGUUGAGCUCUCUGCUCUCUUAUUUCUUCCUUACCUCCACCACCAUCUUUCCAGGACGCGUGGACCGCAGUAGCAGGAUACAAGAGGUUGGUGUUUAUCUGUGGGGGGCCCCCCACAGAGGGUGUACAAGUCAUUCAUACUCAGCUGUGCUUCACCAGUAUUUUGUCAUUUAGAUCACCUAUGUAUUCGUUGUAUUAUUGAUCUUAGUGAGUUACUCUAGUUCAGCAUUUCCCAAUUGGUGUUCUGCCAAAAUUGGGGUUCCACCAAAAUUUUCAAAAAUAAAUGGCCACAGGCAGCGAGGGAUCAGUGGGCAGGGAUCUCCCUGUUUAGCUCCCUCAUGCACACAGCAUGAUGCUGGAGACGGAAUAUGACGUCACUCCGACUAUGGCAUCACUAAGAGUUGCACGAGGGAGCUGAGAAGGCAGAUCACUGCUCCCUCGCCGCCCCACUGGACCCCAGGGACUGCAUGCUCGGCCCAGCAGCCCCACUGGACCCCAGGGACCGCACGCUCUGCCCAGCAGCCCCAAUGGGACAUAGACACUCCAUGUCAGCACUCCCCCAAAAAAAAAAACUGUGUCUGUGUCUGUUAGGGAGUUUGUAUGUGUCUGUCAAAGAGUAUAUAUGUGUUUGUCAGUGAGAGAGUAUGAGUGCUUGUCAGUGAGAGAGUAUGUGUGCUUGUCAGUGAGAAUAUAUGUUUGCUUGUCAGUGAGAGUGUAUAUGUGUUUGUAUGUGUGUCUGUAAAAGGGUAUGUGUGUUUGGCUGUGAGAAUGUAUGUGUGUCUGUAAAAGAGUAUGUGUGUUUGUCUGUGAGAGUGUAUGUGUGGCUGUAAAAGAGUAUGUGUGUCUGAGUGUGUCAGUGUGUGUAUCUGUGUGUAAAGGUUUGUGUAUGUGUCAGUGUGUGUAUCUAAGUGUGUAUGUUGUAUGUUUGUGUGUGUAUGUGCCAGUGUGUUUGUAUGUGCAUGUGUGUGUGUGUGUGUGUGUGUAUGUCAGUGUGUGUGUAUCUGAGUGUGUCAGUUUGUGUGUAUAUGACACUGUGUGUAUGUGUCUAUGUGUGUAUCUGAGUGUGUGUGCAUUUGUGAGUCAAGGUGUGUGUGUGUCUGUGUGUCAGUGUGUAUCUGUGUGCCACUAUGUGUCAGUGUGUGUGUGUAUCUGUGUGUUAUAUACACACACCCAGAGAGUAACAACUGACAUAAAGAUACACACUGGCACAUACAAACACAGAUACACACACUUUGACACAUAGCUAGAGACAGCUUGAUACACAGAUACACACACACAGAUACACACUGUGUGUAAAGGUGUGUAUCUGUGUCAGUGUGUGUAUCUGUGUGCAUCUGUGUGUCAGAUUCAUACACAUUUUCACAUACAAACACAGAUACACACAUCUUGAUACACAGACACAUACAAACACAGAUACACACACUUUGACACACAGAUACAUACACACACACACACACAUACACACACACACACUGUGUGUCAAUGUGUGUGUAUCUGUGUGCCACUAUGUGCCAGUGUGUGAGUGUGUGUGUGUGUAUCUGUAUAUCAGAUACAUACACACACACACAGAUACACACUCUGGCACAUACAAGCACAGAUACACACACCUUGGCACACAGACACACACCAGCACAUACAAAAACAGCCCAAUUUUAUUUAUUUUUUAGGGGGUGGAGGGAAUGGGGGUUCCACGAUGUUGAUACACUAUGUCAAAGGGUUCCAAGGGAAAAAUUAAUUGGGAACUUCUGCUUUAGUUGUUACAGUAUAUCAACUGUGUGUCCAUAUAAGUGAUUUACUACUGAUAUUUGUCUCAUUAUUUAGUACUUGAGAAUAUUUUUAGCUUGCAUACUUUUUAUAAUUCUGUUCCUGCAGGAUUGGCUAUUAAAUAAUUUAUAUUAUUUUGGUGCGCUCACUAUUAUUUAUUUGUUCUAUAUUCUGAUAUAUUCAAAUCACUCUACAUUUUAGUGAUUCUGCCCAGCUUUAAUUUAUUUUUUAUCUACUAAAUUGUUGUUCUAGUUUAGACAUUAAUGGCUGUGUGUUGAGUUACUUUGAGGGGACAGAAAAUGUACACUGUUUUUUACACUUACUACUAUAGAUUGUAGCAGAGUGUCAUUUCUUAAGUGUUGUCACAUGAAAAGAUAUAAUAAAAUAUUUACAAAAAUGUGAGGGUGUACUCACUUUUGUGAGAUACUGUAUAUAUCACACUCAGACAACCAACACAAUCACACUUAGCCAAGCCCCACACAGGAUUACACUGAGCCAACACCCGCACAACCACACUCGGCCCCCACACUCAUCCCACUCAGGUGUAUUACUUAAGAGCAAGAAUAUGUGAUUCUAGCACUGGGAACCAUGUGAUUCCUAGUUACGCUCCUAAUUGUGAGGAAAUCUGGAGUAGGUAAAGGUGCCUACGGCGAUUGGAGAAGAUGCUGGAGGUGCACAGGACAUCUGUGUUGCUACACCUGCAGACAGCAUUGUAUAAUAAAUAUUUCAGAUUUUACAAUAUCUUGCAAUUGUUACAUUUGCAAAUAAUCUGCUUAUUGUGAAUCUUUAAAGUUAGGUAUGGUGUAAUUUAGGGACUCUUGUGAAAAUUGUGUACUUUGUGGUUAAGAUACAGUUUAAAAGGUUUAUUUGCAAUGCCUGGCUAAUGAAUAAAAAAAUAAUUUUUUUUAGACACAUGCAAUGUAACAAUGGGAGAUGGAUCAAUUGCAUUGCUGAAUAUAUCAGUGUUAUACGGGACCAAUCUCUCCUGCAUAGUUGAUGAAUCAAGGGAAUUACCAAGUAAACAAUAUUGGGAGUAAGUAUGACAUUUAUGGGUGAACAAAAUGUCCAGAUGUAAAAGUACAGUCCACUGCCCAAAUAAAAAAAAUAGAUAUACUCCCAAUGUCCGGAGUUUAUCUAAAAACAGCUUGCAAAAGCUACCCUACUUCCCUAAACCCUUCAUAGCAUAAACUUGGAUAAAGAGAUUAUAAUUGUAUUGUACACUAGAUCAAUUAGUAACUAGGAAGAAAUAAGAGGGAUAAGUAGCUGGGGAAGAUAUAGAAGUGGAUACGUGCAUGAAAAAAAAAUCAUGGCUCUCCGAUUUAUUUUUCAGAUGCUUAAUGCUAUUGAGAUUUGAUAGUGUAGGACACACCUCAGAGGUCUGCCUUGACAUGGCAGGUGAGCCUACACUAAAUUCCUGGUGCGCAAGGGAUAUUUAAAAAAAUAAAUAUUAUUAUAAGUAGAUAAAACUGCAUAUUUUUUGAUAUUAGAGAGAAGAACAGGCUAGGUAUGCAUGGCAGAACAACAGUAGGAGCAUUAUAAGUAUUAGUUGCAUACUGAAUAAUAGUCAAGAGACUCAAAUGACACCCAAUGUAGGAUGGAUACUGUCCCUCUGAUAAAGGUGGCACAAUUUGUCCACCAUGGUAAACAUAACAGGCCCACUGGUACUUGUAGGAUCAUGUUGGUACUCAGCCACCAUAGCACAGGUAGAGGUUGCCAGGAUAUCCCUCACUGGCUGAGGGAAAGGAGGGUGUGAAGGGGAGACAUCCAGGUACAUAUGCUGCAUACAGCUGAGGGGUCGGCUUUUUUCCCUGCGCUGUCUAAGAUUAGGCCUCUGGUACACACAAGGUGUAUUCCUAGUAAAAGCCGCUGAUCUCAGACUAGAACACAAUAAAGCAGUGGUCACCUCCUGUCUCCGGAGUAUGUCUGAAGCUGAUAUUUAGAGCUAAUAUCAGUAGUUUCAGCUAUUUAAGAGCAAAUCUACAUGGAGCAGACAAGAUGUGCAACUGGUCUGCAUGGCUGCAAGGCUCCGCUCCCCUCCCCGCCCUGCCAAGUGACUUCUUCUUAAUGAACAUAUGACUAGAUUUUGAAAAUACAUUUUGCAUUCUUUUAUUUCAACACAUAUUUUUAUUUAUUCAGAAUUUUUCACGAAGCUGGUAAUUUUGGGGGGAGUUUACUAGGAAAUUGCAAAUUGAAAGCUAAAAUAGCAGAAUCAGAAGUCUCCAGUUCAGCUUCUUGGUCUUAAUGGAACACAGCGCACCAGCAUAACUUGACUGCAUUGUUUUGGCCUCAUAGUCCUGCUGUGUUUUCUCCCCAUUUAAAUCUUUUUUUGCUCUCUUUGUAUAAAAAGAAAAAGGUUUUGCAGUAUUCUUCAUCAUAUGCCUAUACCUUCAGCCUUGGGCUGUAUUUUCAUAAGGCAUCUUCCUUAUUCGAAAUAUUUGGAGAAAUCCACGUGAGUUGUCUUGACUCCAUCCCCACAGCCAAUCACUGCCCUUUCAGUAUCUUUAUAGUAUUUCAAAGUAAUGCUGAAGAGGUAAGGAGACAAUUGAUAAGAGGAUAGGGAUUUUCCGUGAGGAGAAAUGAUAUUAGCAACACAGCUCCGAAGUACUGAAAAUACAUUUAAUAAGGAGGCUUCUUUGCAAAUUGAGGUACAGGCUAUCCUGCAAAAUGAUGCAAAACACUUUUCCUAAUUUAGCAAAACCAACGAAUGUCAAAACAAUGCAACAUGAAUUCAAUACUAAAUUCUAAAACGUUAUGUUGGUGCCCAGACUAUGACUAUGAAAUUUGCAGUUCCCUUUUGAAUUCCUGGCAAGUCGUGGUUAAUUUAUUAUUCUGUGUGUGUUUGUAAAAUCACAUACAUAUCCAUUUAUGCUAUAAAAAUGAUACAAGGUGAUACAGCUGAUUAUGUUAUUAGUUAUGCUGAUUAGAACCCUACAGAGGUAUACAGGUCUACUUGAUUAUAUUAUUUACUGUUUGUUUGUUUUUUACAUAUUUCAGUAAAGUGGCUCUCUGGACAUCCAGCGGAUUAGAUGAGACAGGGAAGGUAGUGUGGCACCUAGCGCUCUGCCUGCUCCUGGCAUGGAUUUUAGUUGCGGCAUCAUUAGCUAAGGGAAUACAAACAUCUGGAAAGGUAACUUUUUAAUAAUGAAAGAGCUAUUUCUUCGAAAAACUCUGUUUGUUAAAAGUUUGAUUUUUUUUUGCUUCAACUUAUAUAUUUAAGAUAACCCAACCUUUUACUCCCCACUGGGGAGUUGUAUUAAAACAUUGGUACAAUUCUACAGUAUUUGCUUAUUCCAUGCUUAUUGACAAUAUGUUAUUGCAUAUACUUAAUGCCGUGACAUGAAUCACCCACAAAAAUAUAAAAUAAAAAAGACUUUCAGAAAAAUAAUGAGAAAGGGAUAAAAGUGUGAAAUAAAUAGUUUGAAUCAAAAAUCUGAAAUUUGGCUGAAUACCUGAUCCGCGCAAAGUUGUCCAAAUUGCAGUUCUCCAAGUCUAUUGUCCAUAAACCUCUGUGUUUUACUCUUACCCAUGCAUGAGUGUACAGCUUUAGCAAGGGCUCUUGGCAGGUGAGGUGCCAGGAGCUGUAGAUGGACCUCAUGAGACAGAUGGUGGCACCUGCAAGGGAUAAUUUCCUAACUCCCUUUUACUUCUCUCUUGGGUUGCCACUUCCCAUAUGGACAUGCCACCUUCAGUAAAUACAUUCAGGGAAAAAGGGAAUGGAAUUCUGUGAAUCAUAACCUAGGCAUAGUUACAUGGUUACAAUCUUGUAGUGUCCCUUUAAAUAGUUCACUUAUUUGAAAUUGUUCACGGCUAUCUAUGUCUGUUUCAGGUCAUUUCUGAUUAUUACAUUUCAGCAUUGUAAUUAUUUCUAGGGUGUUCCACUAGCAAACUUUUGAAUGUUCAGGUUUUACAACUUGAAGCACUGGUUAUUGGUAGGCUAAGCAGCAGCAUGUGAUGACAUGCUGUUAUUAGAACUGUAUUGUUUUUUUAUUUUUAUUUUCUUAUUUUACUUUACUAAUGAGUCAGAGAUUUGUAGUUUCUAUUAUCAGUAUUAUUAUUUCUAUAUCAACUAACCUACAACAUAGAGCUUAACUUGUGAAAAGACAUUUGAAAAAGGACAUCUCCAUUUUGCAUUUACCAAUGCAUACAUUUUAUUUUAAUGCAACAAAUAUGCAACAAAUAUGCAUUUACUAAAAUGUACACAAAUAUUUCCUAAGCCCUAGAAACUUCCCUUCAUUACCUGCAUAGUUGGCCUCCGCAGUUUAAGCAGUUCCUUCCACUCCCCUUUUAAAUCACUGAGAUCAAAUCGCCAGCACGCAACUUUGCAUAGCAUUUAUUGACAUUUAGGGAUUUAUGUAAUAUAAAAUCAUACUUUUAGACUGUAUUGGUUUCAGUGCCAUUUUAAGUAUUAUUUCGUGUGUCCGAUAAAUUCGUCACUUGCUAUAUACAUAUAUUAUUAUGAGGUUGACCUGAGUUGACUGGAGUUAUAUUCCACAAAAGCUGUUUCAUUUGUGGUUGCUUGAAUAUCCUAUUAUGUUAGAUGUAUAUUUUAACUCCUGCCAGUCUCAGCCAGAAUCUCACUGAGCAUCAUAGAAGUUGCAGGCCAUGGGUUUUGUGGACUUGCAGUUGUAAGAAUCCUCUCCUCCAGCUUGGGUUCUAGAUGGACAGAAUGUCUAUGGGAUCUCUGGCUGCAGGGAUAAUCUCUAACAACUCCCCUCUGGUCUACACUGUUAGAACUAAGAUGCUGCUGGCUAUGUGACAGCCAUAGGGAGUAACUGGGUACUGGGCAGCCUGCCCAAGGCAUCUAGGGUUAGCAUGUGUUGUGUUAUAUGUGCUUACAGCAGCUGCAAAAGUUACACAAAACUGACAUUGCCAACCAGGAAGAGAGUAUUGCCAUUGGCUAAUUGACAGACCAGGGAGAAGGCCAUAUAUACAGAAAAAAGGUAUUAGUCUCCAACAUUUGUAAAGAGAACAGAGUCUGAGGGUUCUGCGCAGUAUCUUAGCUGUUCCUAGAACUGCACUCUCCUGGAUAGUGAUCUCAGAUGUCCCACAUGGAAUAUGCAAAGGUUUAUAGUAGCUACAACACUUGUAUGUGGAUCUCUCAGUCCUGAAGUCCCAGAUGAAUGGCAAGAACAAGAUUAAGGAUAAAGCGGAAUUGUACGGAAGAAGAUGAUUUAAAAGAACAAUCCAGGAAGAUUUUAGACGAUUUUAGAGAGAAGGGGUACGAAGAAGAACUUCUCAAUAAGGCAUUAGAAGAAACCUUUUUAACCAAUAGGGAGGAUCUUUUAACAGGGAAUAAAUCUAAAGGUGACAAAUACGAUAAACAGUUUUCUUUUAUCUGUGAUUUUAAUUGUAAAUAAAAUAAUGUACAAAAGGUUAUCAAAACAUAUUGGCCUAUAUUGAAAGGGGAUGAAGUUCUAAAUUCCAUGCUUCCAGAAAAAACAAAAAUAAUUUAUCGAGGGGUCCCGAGUUUAAAAAGUAAAUUAGUUCAUAGUCACCUUCCUACGAAAGAAAUAAUAAGGAACCCUUUUAAAGAAAAAGGAGGAUUUUAUGGUUGUGGAAACUGUGGAGCAUGUACCAACAUGAAGAGUAAAAAAAGACACGUGGAUUAUUUUAUACACCCUAUAGAUAAGGAAGAGAAAUUUCAUAUAAAACAAUUGAUUACAUGCCAUUCCAAACGGGUGAUUUAUAUAAUACAAUGUACAUGUGGCCUAUUCUACAUAGGGAGGACACUAGGUCACUUCACAUAAGAAUUCAAGAACAUGUCCGGAACAUUAAAAUAGGUUUCGAGAAACACAGCCUCUCCAACCAUUUUAAAAUCAAACAUGAUAGGGAUCCAACUCAACUCAUGUUUAUGGGGGUACAGAAAGUAGAAUGUAAUUGGAGGGGAGAGGAUCUCAUCACUGCGAUGGGAAAUGCAGAGAUGAGAUGGAUUUUUAACUGUAACUCCCUUCUCCCCCAUGGACUCAAUAGUGAUUUUGAGUUAUGACAUUUUUUAUAGAAUUUAUAUCUGUUUUUUAAUUGUAUUCACUAUUAUUUAUUUUUAUUAUUGAUUAUUUAUUAUUUAUUAUUAUUUUUUUUUAUAUAGAAUAUUGUACAAGAUCUUUUCGAUAUAGCUAGAUAUUGAUUAGGGGUUUUUAACUUUUAGAUUUUCAGAUUUAAGGCAUUUCAUGGAUAUGUUUCUCUAUAUACAUGAGUCUGUAUUGUGUUAUAGGUAUCCCUUUGUAUUGCACUAUGGGCAUUUUUUAUACUGCAUUUUCUAUAUUCAGAAAUAUAUGAAAUACAUGGAUAGAUGUCAUUUAUUAAUUUUUUUCCAUUAAUUUCUUUUUGACUAUCACCUACGAGUUUUAUUAGAGAAAUGUACUUCGAAUUGAGAACUAAUCUGUGGGGUCGAUCGCCAAAGCACAAGAUGGCGAUAUCCGUACCAGAAGUGACGGAUUGACGUAACGUCACCUCCGGUCUCCAAAUUAUAUGGCAAUAGCCAUUGAAAAGAGAACUCCCACAAGGACGAAACUUAUUGGAUAACGAACAGUGAUUCCAGCCAACCAGACCAUAGAAACCAGAUUUAAAAAGCAGGAAGUGAAGCGAAAGGAUCAUCUUUGAUUGAGAAAGCCCGAGGAGAGGGCGAAACGCAUAUCAGAGGAUCUUUCCAGCAUUCUAUGGACACUAAUUUUAUUGUUUUGAUAAUUUUAUGUGUAGUUUUUAUAUACUUAUUAUUUUUAAUAAAUGUGAUCGUUUGAUCAAUAUUAGUCCAUCUGCUGUUAUAUUCACCCUGCUGCUACCACUUGACAAGAAGGUUUUACUCCCCUUUAGUGGGUAAUAAGCUGUUUCAACUUGAGCCAGAUUUCUACAAUUGGCUUUUAAAAAGGUGAGCAAUAUACCAUUUUAUCUCAAUUUUAUCUACACUUUGGUCUCAAUAUGCUACACUAGAGAGAAAUCUCCUCUGUGUUCUUUUUUGAGUGUUAAAGAGAAGACAACGUAAAGAGGGAAGGUGUCUCCCUGUGAACACCAGGACGCUUGAGAUAUGAGCAAGUCCUUAACUUGGCUCUAGACUUGUGAGUCUUUUAUAUUUAAGAUUUAUUCACUGGUCUUUGACAUAUUGCACUAUCAUUUUUCUCUUAUUUUUAUUUGGUAUGUAACCUUCAUUUGAGACACUCAAUACCCCUGGGUUGUUGGGGUAAGUACUUUUUAGCACUCCACUUUAAGGAGCUUUUUUUCUUAGCCAGGUUAUGAGUAGCUGAUAACUAGUAGGGUGUAAGUGUUGAUGGUGUGAAUCUUGUUCUUGCCAUUCAUCUGGGACUUCAGAACUGCCUGACUCUCUGGAGGUACUUUGCAGUUGCAGCUCUCCUUGCAUGUUUUCUCAUGGCUGCCAUGUGUUUGUAGUAUCCCCAUGUACUUGUAGCUCUUCUCCAUGUCUCUUAUUUGACCUUCUGGCACUUCAACUUUUUUUUCAGUCCCUAUCAUAUUCCCUCUUUUUGCUAUCAUCCCCACACACUUAUCUAGUCAGAAAGAAGUUCUGAAUUCUUAUUUUAUAAUAAGGUGGAUCAGUGAGUCAAUGUCCUGCUCACUAUUGGCAUGCAGCUUAAUCACUCAUGUAUAGGAGGUGGGUAAUAAUAGAGUCAGUCAUGCACCUAUAUCCAUAGUCAUUCUAGGGUGACGCCUAUGCAGCAAAACAGCAUCAAGGAAAGUGAAGAAUUUUGCUAUCUGAUGCUCACUUGUGUUAUUGUCUGGUCUUGGAAUCAUGUGUGAUUGUUUUAGUUUACCAGCAGCUAACGUAUUUGAGUAUCUGGUUUUGUUUCCAAUCCCCUUCUGAGAAUUGUUCAUGUAUUCAUGUACUCAUAUGCCCAUCGAUCCCGUAGGCUAUGAUGCCCUGCAAGACCUUCCAUGUUAUGGGGAGGCAGAUGAUUGGUUGGUAGUUAGAUGGUGUUGUUUCAUGACCAGUGUUGUCCUGCUUUUUGUUAGCCAGUCAGGGCAGGAGUGUGUUACUAGUAGCUGUUUCAUUUGUGCUGCUAGACGCUCAUACAGCAUUGUUAGUUUCUUUACCCAGCAGAUGUGGAUCAUGUCAAAUCUUAGUGCUGACCAACUCUUCAUGUGGGCUACUCAUUGUUGAAUAUCUCCUACUGUGAAGGUGACUGGCUCCUGUUCUGGGACCAUGCAGUGGACUGUUUUCAGGAGGAGUCGCUGGGACUUUGCGCUUUGUGAUGUUUCUUUCUCCCAGAUGUUCAUUCAACUUUGUGAAGUUGAUUCAGCUUGCUAACUUCCUUACAUGUUGACGUUAUCUUGGCUACCAUUCUUAGUCUCCAUGGCAGGCAUUGUUUUUUUACUUUUGGAGCUUGAAUUUAUAGUUAAGCCUUUGGAGGUCUACAACUAAGUGGCAUACAUGAGCUUGUUGGUCUCUCUGAUGGUGUUAAUUGGGAUUAUAGAUAGUGUCUCAUUAAUCACUGCUGGCAUACUGUAUGGUGGCAAUUUUUCAGUGAUCUCUCAUACUCUUGUCCGUUGUUAAGGGCUGCCAACUUUUUUAUUUUAAUCUCUUUUAUAUGUGCAGUUAUGUCAAGAUUUUUUUUUUGUACAAACUGAUUAGGCCAAACCAAAUAUUUCUGCCAUUCACAAAUCUAAUAAUCACAUACAGUAAUAUAAUGUAAAAAUGCUUUUAAAUAUGGUAUUUCAUUACACGAAGAUUAGAUGAUCUAUUUGACUUUAAUCUUUCUUGAAAUGAUGUAUAGCUCACUGAAUACUAGGGCACCUUCUGUAGUCAGAACCUAAUCAGUUUUUUAUUCCUCUUAUUAGGUGGUAUACUUCACAGCACUAUUCCCAUAUGUUGUCUUGUUCAUCCUUCUUAUCAGAGGAGCAACUCUAGAGGGAGCUAAAGAUGGAAUUGAAUACUACAUUGGACAAAAAUCUGAUAUCAAUAAACUUGCUUCUGGAGAUGUAAGUUUCAGUUUGAUAAGUUUCAUUAUGUUCAACUUUACUCGUGACUUAUUUCGCACCAUUAGCCAUUAAUUAUAUUUAAUAUAAAAAAAUUAAAUAUAAGAAAUAUCAAGUCAUUGUUUCUAUGAAUCUGAACUAUGUCCAAAUUCAUGAUGUAAUGGCUAGAUUCAUAAAAUAAGAAAAGCUCAACUUAUUGCUAAACAUAUUAUGAUAUUGUUAAAUUUUCUAAUGGAGGAAGAAUUUCAAUAAGAGGUGGGACUGUAUAAAGAAUGUUGGAAUUCUACACAGAGUAUAGCUUCAUGUGAAAAAAGUAGUAAAAAGGUAUAGACAAUUAUUUGACAGUUUUAACUUACUGAAUAAUUCAAUAAAGGAGGAGUUUUAGAAAAUCUUCCUCAGGGUGCCAGAUAUCUCCUGAACAAGGAACACAUAUUUACUUGAACUAUGAAGUAAAAAAAUGUGUCUAGUGAAUGUUACGAGUAAGGUAUAUGAAUUUUUUUUUCACUAUAACCUCAAGGUAUUAGCCCAGUGAUAAUUUUCACAAAUUUCAUUCAGCUAACAAUGAAGAGAUGAAUCGUCCUAAAUUGUAAUAUGUAUUUUUAGAUUACUACCCUUUGGUUCCCCUAAUUCUAAACUGUAACAUAAACAAAGCAUGGACUUCUUUUGAAUUGUGCAUAUAGGGAUAUCAGACCUACCUGAAAUGGCCUGUGAAAUUGGUUGCUUUAAAACCUAUUGAAUAAAGUGAGAAUUACCAGGAAUUCAGAGUGAAUUUAAAGUGAAUUUCAAAUUUGAGGAUAAAAUUGCGUAAAGCAGAAUUGACUUUGAGAAUUUUUAUAGUUUGGCUAUUUUGACCUUCAAAAUAAAAUUUUACUUUAAAUUACCAGCAAUUCUCACUUUAGUGAACAACCCUGCUAAUCUCUCAUUCUUAGGAAGCUUACAAGGAAAUUGGGUAUAGAUAGAUCUUGUGGCUGCAAAGGUAAAAGAUUCCUCUUUAAAGGCCCAAGUGGUCUAGAAUUUGCCCAACUGUAGUGUACGUUUAUAUGUUUAUUCCAUGCAUAAUAAGGUUCUGUUACGUUGAUUUUAGGUUUUAAAGUUACACGUUUUUAUUUAUUUUUAUUUAUUCAAUGGGUGAUGUUCCUAUGGCCAAAAUGAUAGACAAUACAUAAGAGAAUCAGUGUACAUAAAAAAGAAGCAUUACACCUUGAUCUUAGUGAAAACUGGUAAACAACGAGAAAUUAGUUAUACGUCUACAUCAUGUUUAACCUCAAAGUAUCUUGAUAUUCAAACUCAAUAAUUUUGUUUCUGUAUUUUAACCUAAUAAAUGUUUUCUUAGGUCUGGAGAGAUGCGGCCACCCAGAUAUUCUAUUCUCUAUCCACGGCUUGGGGAGGGCUAAUUGCACUGUCUUCUUACAACAAGUUCAAUAAUAACACCUACGUGGAUUCCAUUGUGGUCUGCGUUAUAAACUGUAUAACCAGUAUAAUCGCAGGGUUUGCCAUCUUUUCGAUCAUUGGACACAUGGCCUUUCUCUCAGGAAAACCUGUUUCAAAUGUAAUAGAUGAAGGUAAUUUUGUCAGUGUAGCGGUCAGACCAAUAAUUUUCACAAAUUGUAGGAAUCUCACUCCUCCAGUUAAACCACAUAAGUUGCAAACAGUAUAGAAGUUGGCACUACCUCCAUAUUCAUUAGAUAUACCAAGGAAGGUCCGGGCACACAGGGGUUCAGUGUCAGGCAGUUUUAAUGGAACUUCAAGUAAUGAACAAGCAGCAAUGUUUUGACCACACUAAGGUCCUUAUCAAGCUAUUUGCUAUAUAUAUAUAUCAUUUUUUAGCCGUCUGAAGUCCAGGCCUCACAGUUGGCCCAGGACCCUUACAGAUGUACUACUUGUACCUCCCUGAUGGCGGCCUUGUACUUUACACACUACAAACUCUACAGAUAUGCUAUAUACACUCUAUACACUACAUAUAUACUACAUACAUUACGUAUGACUAGGUCUGCAUGGUGUAAAUAAUACAGUCUGAGUUAUAUAGCUUGUUACAAAAUGUAGACCAGAGCUUGGCAAACAGUAGAUCCCCAGAAGUUCUAGAACUUCAACUGCCAUGAUGCUUUGCCAGACGUUAGAAUUGCAAAGCAUCUUGGAAGUUGCAGUUCAACAAUAUCUGGGGAGCUACAGUUUGCCCAGCCCUAAUGUAGACUGUUAAUCAGUAAACAUGUUUAUUAAAAUGUCUUUUUUUUUGUGAAAGCAAUGGAUGCUAUUGUGUGAUUGUGUUGAAUUAUUGUAGGCACAUGCAGCACAGAACAUGACGUGCAAACUUAAACAAAAUCUCACCUGUAUUGUGUCUUUUAGGUUUUGCAUUAGCAUUUAUUGCAUAUCCUGAAGCAUUGUCAAAGCUACCAGUAGCUCCCCUGUGGUCUAUACUAUUCUUCUUCAUGCUGUUUACCUUGGGAUUAGACUCUCAGUUUGCUACCAUAGGUAUGUUGAAAAAAUAUAUUUGUUCCUGAAACUUGAUUGUGGUUAAUCUAGCUGGCAAUUUGAUAUAUCUAAAGCCAUACUGUCACGUGUAAACAUUUUACAUUGUUUUAAAACAUUAACGACAGCAGGUACAAUUUGAUGACAUGAGAAGUUUUAAAAGGACACUCCUGGCACCAAUACUGCUUUAAUGCAUGUGAUGAGGUUUUGGCCUCAUUAGUAUACUGUAUUGUUACGCAUGCUCAAAUCUUUAUAGUUUUUGCAUGUUUGGCAGAAUGCUGCAACAUAAACCUACCUCUUCAGCCACACACCCUCACUCGAGAAAAACGCUUCCUUAUGAAAAAGGAUACAGCUCAGUCACUGACAGUUAAUGAUUUGAACAACAAAAGAAUGUGCAUUAGAAGGAGAGGACAUCCAUGGAGGCAUACUGUAACAAUAGAAUGGCCUGUUUCUCUGACUGUCUGCAGCCAGGUUGUGAAUUAAAAGGUAUACUGUGUGCAUACCUUUGAUAAGGAAUUAUUUCUGGGUAAGUAGCCGGGCUUAUGGUGCAGCAAUCUACAAAACAUGUAUUUAUUUUGUGCAAAAAGUAAAAAGAUUUGAGCAUGCAAAAAUACAGCACAUUAAUAAGGCCAAAUUCCAUUAAAUGCAUUAAAGUUACAUUGGUGCCCUGAGUAUCUUUUUAAUGUGGUCAUCUUAAAAUGUUAUCACAAUAUGUAAUCCCUUUAGUUUACUUUACUAUACCUUAGGUGACCUAGUUAGAGAGAGUUGCUCACACCAAACGUUCUAUAUGUGAAACUGAUUAACUGAACUAAAUUUUAGUUUAUGGUAAAAACACAAUUACAAAGAAAGAAAAUCAAAGGAACUACGAGUUAGGAAAGCAUGUAUUUAUUCAAGUAAAAAUUUAAAAUAAUAAUAAAAAACCCUCUUGUUCGGAAUUUAAAUGUAUAAACAAGGUACUGGCAAUGUUUUAACUACAUAGAGCAAGGAAAUUAUCUGAUGAGUGAUAAAAAAAACAAAAACAAAAAAAAAACAACAAGAAUAAUUCUGUAAUUUCCAGAUCCCAAAACAUAGUUGGAAAUUAACAAAAAUUAAAUGUACCCACCUUGGAUAAAAGUUCAUUAUAAUUGUUAUUACGUAAUAUCCAUGUAACAGCAUCUUCUAUUUCUUGUUCAGUAGUUAUGGUGCUAUUGGCUAUAUAUUUGCUUUUCUGAUCAGUAAUAUUUAUUUCAUUUUUGCAAUGCUUUUUUGCAAUGCUUACAGAAACAGUCACAACGGCAAUACAAGACGCUUUCCCAAAAGUAAUGCGAAAAAUGAGGAUUCCCAUCACCAUAGCAGUGUGUGCUGUGUUAUUUCUCCUUGGGCUGCCAUGCGUGACUCAGGUAUCAUCUUGCUAGAUUAGUAAAAAUAUGCAACAAAUGGUCAAGCACUGAAAAGCACACUGUUAGAGUGAGGCAGGCAGAAACACAACCUAAUAGUAAGAAGGCAGAAAAGUAAGUGAAGAAAAUCCCUCACUCACAAAAAAACAUGUAGCCACAACUCCAAAAUGAAAUAAGCUGGGAUAAACUGUUUUACAUCAUACUUAUAGCAGUUCAAUAGGUGCAAUAACAGGGUUACCUGCUCGGUGCUGGAAUACUCCCCGUAAUCAAAUGAUUUCACACGGGGCAAGUUUGUUGAUCCGCACUCAUAGGGAAUCCCCAAAAAUACAUUGGGAAGAAAUCAUAGAAAAAUGCACAUUUAUUGAAGUAAAAAAAGAAAAUACCUAUGGUAGGACAAGAUACUAGAACAGCAGUCCUCAUGUAUGCGGUAUUAUGUAUUUAUAAAAUAUUUUACCAGGAAAGAUACAUUGAGAUUUCUCUCGUUUUCAAGUAUGUCCUGGUUCACAAAUCAUUGCAUUGUUACAUUAGGGUACAAUAAAAUACAAAAACAAUAUUAAUACACAAUAAAUACAAAAUUUAACAUGGAACAGGUAGGAAAUAUAUAAUCAACCAUGACAGGUGCAUUCUGUUUUGAGGUAUGUAGAGAGGGAUCUCUUAAAGAACUUUAGGCUUAGGGAUGAUUUUAAAUUGUGCGGGAGGUCGUUUCACAAUUGCGGUGCUCUGUAGGAGAAGGAGGAUCGGGCCGUUUUCUUUUUGUAUUGAGGUAGACUAAGUAAAGUGUUGGUACUGGAUCGGAGCUUAUAGGAAGUGUGAACAGCUGGGGAAAGCAUUUUGUUCAGGUAGGGUGGGAGUUUCCCAGAAAAGCUCUUAAACACAAGGCUGGAAAGAUGAAGGGUGCGUCUGGAUUCCAGCUACAGCCAGUUUAAUUCUUUUAGCAUGUCACAAUGGUGGGUCCUGUAAUUACAUUGUAUUGGUCCAAGCAUGUGAAAAAUGAAGCUUUCCAAAUACAGUGGUACCUCAGUUUACAAACACCUUGGUUAACAUAAUUUUCGGUUUACAAAUGAAAAUCCAUUGAAAAUAAUGCCUCGGUUUACAAAUUUCUUUCGCGAUACGAAGCAAGUUUCCCUAGGAUGCAUUGCGCCUGGGAGAUUUAUAGCACCGCCCCCUGCAUGCUGGAGCCUGUGGGUAGCAUGUGGCGUCGAGUGUGGAGGUGUUGGAGCGUUUUUUGCAUCAAGUUUUGGGGCCAUUCUGGAAAAUGUUUGCAGCGGUUUUGGGACUUUUUGUAACUUUUUUGGUGCAUUUUUCAAGCGGUGGAAAGGUAGGGAGCUGAGCUUUGUCGUUUGCAUGCCUUUUACUGUGUGUUCUGCAUUGUGGGUUGGUUUCCAUGCCAGCUCAUUUUGUCUUUUUUUCUGACCUCCGCAACGUAUUAAUUGGUUUUCAAUACAUUCCUAAGGGAAACUGCGUUUCAGUUUACAAAUUUUUACAAUACAAUAUGUCCCGGAGAACGCAUUAAAUCCGUAAACCGAAGUACCACUGGGCGUCAAUACUGUUAGAAAAACCUUCUGAAUUAUUUAGCUACAAAAAUUCCCAAACACCUUAAUGAUGCCUUCUAUAGAUAAAUCAUUUAAAGUUUUUCUAAAGUAUUCUUGGAAUAUUUGGAGAGCUUAUUAAAUUGAGGCUUUACUUUUAACUAUAGGAGUUCAAGUUGCAUUCAUUUAGUCUCCUGUAGCUCUAUUUAAUCAAUUUUUUUUAUUUAUUCAUGUAUAGAUGAAAAUGUAUUCCAGUUUGUAUAAAAUUUCGAAAGUUGAGAAUUAGUAGGUAGUUAUCAUACUGUCAUAAAAUGGAAAAGCAAAGCAAAAAAAAACAAUGAAUCUGAGAACAAACAACUUCGUCAGGAAUAGAAAUGGUAAGCGGAAGUUUGAAUCUAUAUAUACAUGUAUAAAGCUAAUUAUUUUAUAUAAUCAUAUGCACGAAUAUAAUGUAAUAAACUGUUUUUCUGUUCAAAGUCAGGAAUGUACUGGGUGGUCCUGAUUGAUACAUUUUGCGGCGGCUGGACCGUUCUGUUUGUGGCUGUUCUAGAGCUCAUUGGAAUGAUCUAUAUUUAUGGUGUGUAUGUCACUGGGAAUAAAGUGUUACCAAAUUAGAUAGAUUUUACCAGUUACUGGGUGUAACAGAUCACCUGGCACCCCGACUGGGUACCUCCAUUGAAGGAUGCUCCUAGCGCUUCCUGAGGACUCCAAGCACUGCAGCAGACACCACAAUCACGAAACCAGAGAAGCGUAUACCUUCUCUCAAGCAUAUGAAUGCUGUAGACAGUUGAAUAGGAACCAUACGAAUAGGUUUACUCUCCUAGCAGUCAAACUGGAACAGCAUACAAUGAAUCCUUCCCCCAAUAAUGAGACGACACUUCACUUUGAGGGUUAAAACAGGACCAGACUGUACUGGCACAUACAGCCUCUUUUAUUCCCAAUCCACAAACUUAGUACUGCCCACAGGGCGUUACAAAAGAGCCAAUCAAUCCAUACAAUACACCCAGACACUCCCACACAAAAUCCUCCCUUCUGGCUGUGAUAUGAUUACUGAACACAAUGGGUAAUCUAAUUAUCACAGCCAGAGAAAUACAGUUUCAUAAAACACAGCACAGGGACCCCAAAACAUGCAAUAACCCCAUAAAAAGUAUAUCCUUGGAAAUGGGGGAUCUGGGUGAACCACAUAUCCAAAAUUCACCCAGAUCCGUUCAGUACUUUGGAAAAUACAGUUUAACCCCUUAAGGACGGAGCCAAAUGUACACGUUGUGAACAAAACAAAAUGUAAACAAAACCUGGUAUUUUCGCUACAUGUCUGUCCAACCGUAAUUCACCUCUUUCAUAGUAAAUGCACCCACCCUUAUUAUAUAUCAUAUACGAUUUUUUUUUAUUUUUUUUGUUCUACAUGACAUUUUAACGGUCAAUGUCAUAAUACUGUUUGCUUUUACUGCAAUAAAAUACACAUAUUUGUAUUCAGUAAAGUCUCACGUGUAAAACAGUACCCCCUAUGUACAGGUUUUAUGGCGUUUUGGGAAGUUACAGGGUCAAAUAUAGCACGUUACAUUUGAAAUUGAAAUUCGCCAGAUUGGUUACGUUGCCUUUGAGACUGUAUAGUAGCCCGGGAAUGAAAUUUACACCCAUAAUGGCAUACCAUUUGCAAUAGUAGACAACCCAAGGUAUUGCAAAUGGGGUAUGUCCAGUCUUUUUAGUAGCCAUUUGGUCACAAACACUGGCCAAAGUUAGCGUUAGUAUUUGCUUGUGUGUGAAAAAUGCAAAAAAUGCCAAUUUUGGCCAGUGUUUGUGACUAAGUGGCUACUAAAAAAGACUGGACAUAUCCCGUUUGCAAUACCUUGGGUUGUCUACUAUUGCAAAUGGUAUGCCAUCAUAGGGGUAAUUUUCAUUCUUGGGCUACCAUAGGGUCACGAAGGCAAUGUAACCAAUCUGGCGAAUUUUAAUGUGAAAAAAAUGAAACACAAGCCUUAUAUUUGAUGCUGUAACUUUUGAAAACACCAUAAAACCUGUACAUGAGGGGUACUGUUGUACUCGGGAGACUUCGCUGAAUACAAAUAUUUGUGUUUGAAAACAGUAAAAAGUAUCGCAGCAAUAAUAUCGUCCGUGUAAUUGCUGUUUGUGCGUGAAAAAUGCAAAAAACGUCACUGUUACUGGCGAUAUCAUUGUUGUAAUACAUUUUACUGUUUUGAAACACUAAUAUUUGUGUUCAGCGAAGUCUCCCGAGUAGAACAGUACCCCUCAUGUACAGGUUUUAUGGUGUCUCGGAAAGUUAUAGGGUUAAAUAUAGUGCUAGCAAAAUAAAUUCCCUUUACUUUCGGCAUGGGUUGUCAGGCAGGUCCUGCUAAUUGUAAUUAAUUAAGAUACCUAAUUAUGUAAAAAUAUUACAUAAAUAUAUAUGUAGAAUUAAUAUAUGUAUAUAUAUACAUAUGUGUAUAUAUAUGUAUAUAUCUAUAUAAUUUUUUUUAAAUAUUUUUAUUUAUAUAUAGGUAUAUAUAUAUAUAUAGUGAUAUAUACGUAUAUAUUUAUGUAUAUAGAUAUAUAUUUCGUUCUACGUGUAUUUUGAGAUAGAUAUAUAUAUAUAUAUAUUAAUUUCACAAUACAGUUAGAACGAAAUAACACACAUCUAUAUAUUUUUUAAUUAUUUAUUUUUAUUUUUUUAAUUUUAUUUUUUAACGUAUUUACAUUUUUAUUUUUUUAUAUUAUAUAUAAAUAUAUAUAACAAUAAUUAUAUAUAUAUAUAUAUUUAAUCAGUAUCAGUCUACGUGUAAUUUGACAUUAAUAUAUAUAUAUAGAAUUAUAUAUAUAUUAAUAGUAAAAUACACCUAGACGGUGUACGUGUGUGUAUGUAUAUGUGUAUUUAUAUACUUAGAUCAUAUAUAUAUAUAUAAUAUAUAUAUAUGAUCUAAGUAUAUAUUAUAAUUUUUUUUACACUAUUUAUUUUAUUCAUUUUUAUUUCCAGCCAGCAGGGGGACCACCUGUCAUUACAGGCAGCCCCCCUGCUGGCAAUGCAGGAGGCAGCUACCCCCGGCCAUGUGAUUGUGGGGUCCUCGCAAGGACCCCACUCUCACAUGGCCGGGGGGCUUCCAGGAGGACGGACGUGCCGCGGGGGGUAAGUACAGAAAGACCGGAGGGCGUACUAUUACGCCCGGCGGCGUUUAGAGCCGUUUAGAAUAGGGCGUAAUAGUACGCCCUCCGGUCUUAAGGGGUUAAUGCAGAUUCUGCAGAACAUAUACUGGCUAAAUGAAAAACAAUCACUGUAUAAUGUGUCCCCUGCUGUAUAGUCCAAAACCACCGCACGAUGUCUCUGUGCACCAAACACUGGCGAGAUGGCACCGUGUUGAAAAGUCCAAACAGUGUCUGUGAAUUAAAAUGGACACCAUCCAUUGUUCUCACCAUGUGCUUCGGAUACAGGAAAUGGUGGCCACCCAGUAACUCCACAGUAUGUCCCCAGAUGGUUCUUAAAAGGGCCAGCAGCAGCACAACACAAAUCCAUUAUGCCCAAAUCAUGUCUUUAAAGGGCAAUACAUUCCAGGGGCCAUAGUCACAAGGCAGGAGGCUGGCAACCAGGCUUCUCCAGUGCAUAGUGGCGAGGUUGGUUCCGCCACACUGGGAAAAAAAAUAAUUUAAAAAUAUUGAGCAUGCAGUAUGUGCCUAAUAGUUAUAUAAUAUAUAUAUAUAAAAACCCACCAUCUUUAAUAUAUAUAUAUAUAUAUAUACAUAUAUAUAUAUAUGUGUGUGCUCUUUAUCAAGUUAAUUUUAUAAUUAAAGUAACAUUGCUAUAGUAUGAUAAGCAUUGAGAGCAAAUGUAUCAAAUCUCCAGCACUUUAACUGUUUUGUUUUGACACUGUAUUUUUUUUUUAAUUGGGCUUUUUAUCACAUUUAUUUUGCAUUAUGUACGUUCACAAUGCUCUUACAACAGAUUAUUUAAAUAAACGUUAGUUCAUUUAGUACUAACAAAAUUUAAUUUGUCUCCCAUGUUGGAAUUAUUGUAGUACCCACCAAUAUUGGGGUACUGUGAAAUAGUGAUGGGCUUGGCACGAUAUAGGCAUAUGGUAGAACUGGAUCCCCAUAGUUGUUUGCCUGAGAUAGGUGAUUUUAAGUGGCCUUGUUUUUGGUCCAAACAGGUGGCAACAGGAUAGUCGAGGAUAUAGAGAUGAUGUUGGGAAAGAAACACUGGAUCUUCUGGAUUUGGUGGAGAGCUUGCUGGUAUUUUGUAUCACCAGUGCUAAUAUUGGUAAGUAUUUUUAAGUUGUUUUGUGGAUUUUUUGAGUGCAUUCAUCCAGCUUUUCACUUGUAGCUUUCAUGAUUUAACAGUGAGUGUAGAUUCCCAGAGGCCUUGAAUUCAUACGGACAAGAAAAAACGUGUUAAAGUAAUUAUACGGAAAGGGAAGGGGACUGUAACAGCAGGCCAGUCACUACCAGGCAGGCAAACCAAGCAAUUGCCCCAAGGCAGGCAAACCAAGCAAUUGGCCUGGGGCCCCAAGCAGGGCCGGCACCUCCUAUAAGGCUGCAGCUGCCUGAGCGCUCUAUAGAGAGUCUCAGGCAGCUGCAGCACUCCUCUCUCAUCACCUCCCCUUCCCUGUAGCGUGGCCGAGCUCCUCUUCCUCCUGGCAGUCCGGCCGGGUACCACACUGAGUGCUCACUUCCUUUCAGUCUGCCCGGGAACAGGAAACUGAAUCUCCUGUACCGCGCGGUACCCGGCCGAACGGACAGCCAGGAGGAAGAGGAGCUCGGCCACGCUACAGGGAAGGGGAGGUGAGAACUGAGGAGAACAUAGGGGUGGGGGGGAGUAAAAAGAACAUAGGGAGGGAAGGGGGAGUAAAAAAAACAUAGGGAGGUGGAGUAAAAAAAACAUGGAGGGGAGUAAAAAGAACAUGGGGAGGGGAGUAAGUAGGACACAGGGAGGGGGAGGGGAGUAAGAAGGACACAGGGAGAGGAGUAAGAAGGACACAGGGAGGGUGGGAGGGGAGUAAGAAGAACAUAGGGAGUGGGAGGGGGGGAGUAAUAAGAAGAACAUGGGGGGUAGGAGUAAGAAGAACACAGGGAGGGGAAGGGGGAGCUGGAGCUGUGAGUUCAAACCCAGCAGGUCUCUUAAAGAGGCAGCCACACCUUGCUGUUUGCAGGGCUUGGGCUGCGCUGUGGCAGGGACUCUCAAGAUAACCAAGAAAAAAAAAUGAUUGAGAUUCUCCCUUGUCUGUACUGUUGUCUUGCCGUAUUCUCAAUAAUUUUCUUUAAUGCGAAAAAAAUGCACUGUAUAUUAUGAAUCAUUUCUGUUGUGAAUAUUAUCUCUUUGCAACUUUAUGCUUGCGUAGUACUUAUUAAUACUCAUAUAUAUAAUUGUCCUAUUACAUUGCAGCAUCAUUACACUGGUAUGGUUGUUACUGCAGCUCUGAGUAACUCUAUGCUUCAAUGUUGUAGUUCUGUUUAUCAUAGUAACAACAUUGAGGAUUAAAGGGACACUGUAGACACCCAGACGACUUCAGCUAAUUGAAGUUGUCUGGGUACUGUGUCCAUUUUGCACUUAGUACUGCAAUGUAAAACAUUGCAGUUCCAGAGAACUGUUCACAUUGCAGCUCUAAGUCUGCCCUCUGUGGCUGUAUGACAGACAGCCACUAUAGGGCUUCCGGAAUCCAAAUGGAAGUUUGGUCCGUUAUCUGACGCUGUACGUCAUCACGGACCUCCAGCGUCAGAUUUUCCCCAUUAGUGCCAGGUGGGGCAGCACCCCAUAGUUUAAUUUAAACCAAAAAAUCUAAUUUAUUGUUGUUGUAAGAAUUAAUAACAAGUAAGUGUUAAAUAAAAUGCAGUUUUCAUCUCCCUUUUUUUUGAUGGCUGGAGAUGCUGCACAUAGGUUGUUUAUGAUUUUGAAGACAUCAUUGGGUCAAACUCAAAUAAGUCAGGUUGGCAGCAACCCACUAUCUUUAAAUGUCUCCAGCCACCACUGCUUAACCACGUUGCCAAAGUAGGAGGGCAUGGGUAAUGACAUCAUAUUACAGCUUCAUCAGUCAUUGGUGUAUUGAGGAAACCAUCCAAUCACUGAGCUUUCAUGCUCAAGGAUAGCAUAGUUAGUUCUUUGCUAUCCCUUACAAUGUAUAUACUCAAAGGACAUUCCACCUCCCUCUUUGUUUUUACCUGCUUUUCUAUGGGACAAGAAAGCCCCAGAUUUGGUGACCUAGCUGCCCUUGGACUGUACCAGUACUGGACAAGUUCUAAAUAUAUCCUCUUGCUUUUAUUCUUACAAUGUAUAUGACUAAAGGCAGGUGUAGGCACUCCAGAUCUUGUAGACUACAUCUGCCAAAUUGCUCUAACAGCCAAAUGUUGGUAAAGCAUCAGGGAAGAGGUAGUUCAUGACUACUGGAGUGUGAAGUUUGCCUUCCCCAGCCUAAAAGUGUACAGCGAGGGAUGUGGUGGGAAGAAUGAGAUAGGAGAAGAAUAAGAACAUUGGUCCUGGAGAUUGUAUUUAUAUCAAUGCACAUAAACAUGCAACAAAAUAAAUGUUGUCAUUUUGUCUUUGAAUACUUGCAGGUCAUAUUAGCUUGGUCUUUGGCAACAUUUGUACCUCCUUCGUAUGGAAAAGCUGUUUAUCCUAAAUGGGGGAUAGCACUAGGAAGCCUCAUGUGUGCUUUCUGUCUAGUAUGGAUCCCUUUAAUUGCUGUGUGGAAAAUCAUAAAAACUCCAGGAACACUUUGGCAGGUAACCAUGUCUUUCUGAUAUUAAACUCAAAUCACUACAGGUAAAUUAACAUAUAAAUUUUCAUGAUAAAAUGAUAGAACACGACAGUCACUUGUGCUGCAUGGCAAUUUCAUCUCAGGGGCAUUUAAGAGAUGUAUAUUCAACCUUUUAAGAUUAACUUUUUAAUGUAACUUGACAUUAUUACUGACUCUUUAAAAGUUAACGUACCUUUAGAAAACAAGGGUCAAUAAUUAGUACGGACCUUUAGAGUAAAUUGUUGUGUAUCGCUAACAUGUAGCAUAGAAAUUAUAAAUACAUGCCAGGUAUUAAUACAAUUACAAAGAAAUGCAAUAAUUAUUAUCUUAAAUCUUUAGCGCAUUGUGAAAUGCUGUAAGCCAGCUGACAAUUGGGGACCUGCUCUCGCGAAAAAUCGUACUGGGCGAUACGAACACAUGAACAAAAAGGCAGAUGUGGAGAUACCAGAUAUUAAGGGUGUUGAUAAUGACACAUUUCAAAGUGAAUGAGAGCAUUGCACUUUUUGUACUCACACUGCUAGGCUUUAUGCAAAUAAAUCAUAUGUGAC